AUGUUAGCAAUUAUAAUUCCUAUAGGUUAUAUUGUAUGGAUUAUUGUAAACUGGGGCAAAUUACACUUACGAUUACUUAAAUUAUUCAGUAAAAAUUCCAAGGAGAAAAAGAAUUCAUCUUCUAUUCAAACAGAAUUACCUAUUGAUCAUAAUGAAGAUUUUAUAAUUGAUGAUAGUGCGCCUCCAACUUAUGAGGAAGCUAUUGCAAAA